AUGGACUUGUCUUCCUUUCCUCUCAGGAAGGCUUAUUCUGUACCCUUUAUGCAAGAAGCUUGUGACAUACCUAAGGAGGGCCCAUCAAGGAUAUCUCUCAGCUGUCCUAUCAGCCGCAAGCGUAUCAUACUUCCUGUGAAGGGUCAUGGCUGCAAGCAUCUUCAGUGUUUUGAUUACCGGAACUAUAUCAAACUCAAUACGAGGAUACCGUCAUGGUGCUGUCCACUUUGCUAUCAGUAUGUCUGCUUUACUGACAUCCGUUUAGAUCAAACCAUGAUAAAGGCAAGUAAGCUCACUUACUACUGUUUGAUAUAUGCACAGAUUCUAGAAGAGGUGGGAAGUAAUGUGACAGACGUGGCUAUCUGUUUUGUAACGGAGAACGAUGAGAAUGUUGAGAACUUGAGUCCAGCUGUUUUGGAUCUUACAAGAGAUGAGAAUGAAAUGGAAGCAUCCGGAAACACUCAGAUUCCUAUGGUUAACCAGUCUUCUUCUGAUUCAAUGGAGGCACUGCCACAGUUGCCACAAACUUUUAAUAAUGAUGGGCAGCAGCAACAGUUCAUGAAUUUUCCAGUGUCAUCAGCAAGAGAAGUCAUACACAUGCCUGGUGCUCACUCUUCUCAAUAUCAAGGGUUACAUGUUUCUUCCCUUGGACUUUCUCUUGGAAGAGACUCUGAUUUGAUGGAGAGGUGGAACCACCACAACUAUGGAAAUUGCAUACCUCAAACUCAGUUUCAUCUUCCCACAAGGAGCUUGUCACCUGUGCAGGGAAGACCAAUCCCAUCUUCCAUUACAUCUCCCCAAACUUUAGCUUUCAGCUAUGGAGGGAACUCCGACCAGAGACACAUGCAAAGACAUAAUCCUGGUGGUGCUGGGGAACAGUUGCCAUCGCGUGAGUUCAUGAACAUGACUCCUGAUAACUCUGCAAACAUGCGCCCACAGAUUCGGAUGAUGCGAGGCAGCAUAACGCCCGGUUCCACAAGGUAUGACCACCUGAUCAUUCAACCUACCCAGCGGCCUGUACAGUCACAAUCACAUGCUCAAACACUUCCUCCACCUCAGCCAACAGCUUACGAUUACGUCCCGGUUCAGUCACAAGCUCAAACGUUUUUGGCGAACCCAAGCUAUCCUGUUGGUACUAAUGAAACGCAAGCUGGGAGCAGUUUAUUGCUCUUGGAGGAAGGUGUUGCGCCACUCGGGUCGUUUUGGUCAACGCCUCCUGAGACAUGA